ACCAAAACAAGCCUUUUAGUGUCAGAGGUUUUCCUCCAACUGGGACAAAGCUUGUUCAGCAGAACCGAGAGGACUGGCAAGAUGCUCGAUGUCCCUCAAAUCUGCUGCAGUUUAUUAAAGCUAUAGAUAAGACAGGACAUGAAGGACGAGGAGGAAUGGAGGGAAAUAAAGACAGGAGACUCAGUUCAGCCUCAGAAAUUUGCAAGUGAACAUUACUGGACACACGUCAUAAUGAAGACCAAGGACCACAGCAGAGAGGUCAAGGGUUAGCAUUGUGAAGGAGUUCAAAGCAGACUGUGGGUCUGAAACGAUCCAGAGAACAGCCUCCGCUCCAUGACAACAUCUUAAGCUGUGGACCAUGUACACCGUGGACCGGAUUACGGAUGAGAGCCAGUCCCUGUGGAGUCCGACCCACACGAAGCACCAGCUUGACUUUGAACUGGCUGUUUUGUUCAGCCCAGGUAGACGCAGCCAAUAGGAGCGCAGGAGGGAGGGCCCAGCGGCGAGGAGGCGGUCUGCGGCGCCACAGCCACAGCACACCUUCAGAUGGAGACGAAGUAACAGCGGCGGCGCAGCUACAGAAGGACGAAAGCGACCGAACCGCGGAUCCCGGACGUGUAUUUUUUUUGUGUGUGUGUCUUCUUCCACCUUCUCGCUCUCCCUUCAGCUUUGGGGAGAAGGAGGGGAAAAAACCCCCAGGUGACUGAGACACACCGACCGACCGGCCGGGAGGGUCCAUUAGCGGUGACCAGCCUCGCGCACCUUACUACUUACUUCCAGCUGCAUGCAUUUGGACCCGAACAUCUGACAAGCCUCUCGUCCGACCAAGAUGGAAAAUGCGCACACUAAGUCUGCGAGCGAAGUUUUGGACAACUUCGGCGUGAAUGAAAUCACCGGGCUGACCCUGGAGCAGGUCCACGCCAGCCUGCAGAAAUACGGGCCGAACGAGCUCCCAGCCGAAGAAGGGAAAUCCCUGUGGGAGUUGGUGGUGGAGCAAUUUGAGGACCUCCUGGUCAGGAUCCUGCUGCUAGCUGCCUGCGUCUCCUUUGUGUUGGCUUUGUUUGAAGAGGGAGAGGAAUCUACCACCGCCUUUGUAGAGCCUCUGGUUAUUCUGCUUAUCCUCAUUGCCAACGCUGUUAUUGGAGUAUGGCAGGAGCGGAACGCAGAGAGCGCCAUCGAGGCUCUGAAGGAGUACGAGCCGGAGAUGGGGAAGGUGUACCGCAUGGACCGCAAGGCCGUCCAGAGGAUCAAAGCCAGAGACAUCGUCCCCGGAGACAUAGUGGAGGUGGCAGUUGGGGACAAGGUGCCUGCUGACAUCAGAGUGACCUCGAUAAAGUCCACUACUCUACGAGUGGACCAGUCCAUCCUUACAGGGGAGUCUGUGUCCGUCAUCAAACACUCUGACCCGGUUCCUGACCCCAGAGCUGUGAACCAGGACAAAAAGAACAUGCUGUUUUCUGGCACCAACAUCGCCGCAGGCCGCGCCAUCGGCGUCGUCGUCGCUACGGGCGUCAACACCGAGAUCGGUAAAAUCCGCAACCAGAUGGCGUCCACGGAGCAGGAGAAGACGCCGCUGCAGCAGAAGCUGGACGAGUUCGGCCAGCAGCUCUCGAAGGUCAUCUCCCUGAUCUGCGUGGCCGUGUGGGUCAUCAACAUCGGCCACUUUGGAGACCCCGUCCACGGCGGCUCCUGGGUCCGCGGGGCGAUUUAUUACUUCAAGAUCGCCGUUGCUUUGGCUGUGGCCGCCAUCCCCGAGGGCCUGCCCGCCGUCAUCACCACUUGUCUGGCCCUGGGCACGCGUCGCAUGGCCAAGAAGAACGCGAUCGUCCGCAGCCUGCCGUCAGUGGAAACCCUGGGCUGCACGUCUGUCAUCUGCUCUGACAAGACGGGGACCCUCACCACCAAUCAGAUGUCUGUCUGCAGAAUGUUCGUUACAGACAAGGUGGAGGAUUCAAGCUGCACCCUGCAUGAGUUCUCCAUCACUGGUUCUACAUAUGCCCCCGAGGGACAAAUACUUAAAGGGAACAAACCCGUCCAGUGCGGGGACUUUGACGGUCUGCUGGAGCUGGCCACUAUCUGCUCCAUGUGCAACGACUCCUCGCUGGACUACAACGAGAGUAAAGGGGUUUAUGAGAAGGUGGGGGAGGCCACCGAGACGGCCCUCACCACGCUGGUGGAGAAGAUGAACGUCUUUAAGACCGACCUGUCAGGACUCACCAAGGUGGAGCGCGCCGGCGCCUGCAACUCGGUAAUCAGGCAGCUGAUGAAGAAGGAGUUCACUCUGGAGUUCUCCCGCGAUCGCAAGUCCAUGUCCGUCUACUGCACUCCUGUCAAAGCAGGCGCCCAGAGCAAGAUGUUUGUUAAGGGUGCUCCUGAAAGCGUGAUGGAGAGGUGCGACCACCUGCGUGUGGGAACGACGAAGGUCGCCAUGACGCCAGCCCUGCGCGAGCAGCUGAUGUGUAAGAUCAGGGAGUGGGGGACGGGUAAGGACACCCUGCGCUGCCUCGCUCUGGCCACCCACGACACGCCGCCGCGCAGAGAGGACAUGGACCUGGAGAACUCCAGCAAGUUCGCACAGUACGAGAUGGGCCUGACGUUCAUCGGCUGCGUUGGCAUGCUGGACCCGCCCAGGAAGGAGGUGAUCGGCUCGGUGAAGCUGUGCAACGAGGCCGGCAUCCGCGUCAUCAUGAUCACGGGAGACAACAAAGGCACGGCCGUGGCCAUCUGCAGACGCAUCGGCAUCUUCGGCGAGGAGGAGGACGUGAAGGGGAAGGCGUACACGGGCCGCGAGUUCGACGACCUGACGACCGAGGAGCAGAGAGAGGCGGUGAAACGCGCCCGGUGCUUCGCCCGCGUCGAGCCAGCGCACAAGUCCAAAAUAGUUGGAUACCUGCAGUCGUUUGACGAGAUCACAGCCAUGACGGGAGACGGCGUGAACGACGCCCCGGCCCUGAAGAAGGCAGAGAUCGGCAUCGCCAUGGGCUCCGGCACGGCAGUGGCCAAGUCUGCGUCUGAGAUGGUGCUGUCCGACGAUAACUUCUCCACCAUCGUGGCUGCGGUGGAGGAAGGCCGGGCCAUCUACAACAACAUGAAGCAGUUCAUCAGAUACCUCAUCUCCUCCAACGUGGGAGAAGUCGUGUGCAUCUUCCUGACGGCCAUCCUGGGUCUCCCCGAAGCGCUGAUCCCCGUCCAGCUGCUGUGGGUGAAUCUGGUGACGGACGGACUUCCUGCCACCGCCCUGGGCUUCAACCCCCCAGACCUGGACAUCAUGGACAAACCGCCCCGUAACCCAAAGGAGCCGCUCAUCUCUGGCUGGCUCUUCUUCAGAUACCUCGCCAUCGGAGGAUAUGUGGGCCUUGGAACAGUGAGCGCAGCCACAUGGUGGUAUCUGUUCGAUGAAGAGGGCCCACAGGUGUCUUUCUACCAGCUGCGACACUUCAUGCAGUGCACAGAGGACAACCCGAUGUUCAAGGACAUCGACUGCGAGGUGUUCGAAUCCCGCUACCCCACCACCAUGGCGCUGUCGGUGCUGGUCACCAUCGAAAUGUUCAACUCCCUCAACAGUUUGUCUGAGAACCAGUCCCUGCUCAGGAUGCCUCCCUGGGUCAAUAUUUGGCUGCUGGGAGCCAUCAUCCUGUCUCUGUCCCUCCACUUCCUGAUCCUGUACGUCGAGCCUCUGCCGCUGAUCUUCCAGGUGACCCCUUUGCGCUGGUCCCAGUGGAUUGUGGUCCUAAAGAUUUCCAUCCCCGUCAUCCUCCUGGACGAAGCUCUGAAAUAUAUUUCCAGGAACCAUUUAGAAGCAUAACUUUUAAUCUCACCUUCUGAGAAAAGAUGACGAGGAGAAGAAAUAUCGGCGGAGAUGGCAGCAGAACUAAGACCUCUCCCUUGUCGCAAUCGCAUAGUUAGACACACACACACACAGCUACACUCUUCCUUUAUAUGAGCUAGGAACCUGUUCUCUCCCCGGCCCUCGUUCCCGUCUCCCCCCCACCUGCAUGUCCAAACACGGCGCCGCUGAAAAACGACCUGAGAGAAACGGAGAGAGGGUUUAUGUUCCGGCUCGGUACGAGUGUUUAGGGGGUUGCGUGUGUCUGAGUGUGUGUUUGCAGAUGCACGACUUUUCUUUUUUGGCUGCGAGGAUGAGAAACGACUGCAGAAAAAAAGAAAAGAAAGAGGAUAAAACGGCCUUGGGCUUCUUAACACCAUUUCUGCUCAUUUGCUCUUUUUCACUGCACAGUACAGAGAAAUGGUCUUGAGGGAGGGCGGGGGAGGUUUUGAGGGGGGCUUCAUACUGAUUCAACACAGAGUCUGAAAGAGAGGCGGAGGAGGAGAGACUGUACACAUAAAGAGAGAAAAGACGAGGAGAGGCGGGACCUGGAGGCUGAGUGUGCGUGGGAGAGCCACCGCGUUCUUGUCCCGCAGCCUGCCGCUGCCACCACCCACACAGCUGCAGGAGCCCGGUCUCAUCAGAACAACUCGCAGUUCGUCUUCGCCGUUUGUGUUUACACUUCCAGCAAUCUCUCUCUCUCUCUUUCUUUCUUACACUCUUGUUUGAGGAGGCAGCUUUGAGCCUCAGGUUGGGGUCCAUUUUUGGGUGGGUGGGGUUGGGGGUCAAAGGUGUGAAUAGCUUUAUGCUGCUUUAGCUGCUUCUAUCAGCUCUUGACUCGAGGAGCUGAGGUCAGCCGACGCGCCGGGCAAAACGGAACGAUCCCCAGCGAAGCUAAAUUUAAAAAUUACAAAUCCUGGCCUUAAAUCUGCCUCAUUAAAAUCAUCCACACGCCGUCCGUCUGUCCGUAAACGUUUUCAGCAGCACAGCUACCAAACUGACUCUUCGACAUUAAGAACAGGAAGAAAUAGAGCAAAGGAGCUAAAUGUGCUAGCCUUUGAUAUCGAUCAGCUUUAGCGUAGCUGAAGAUGCACUAAUCAGACUUUUGUGCCGGAUGUUUGACGUCUGGGUUUGUUUGUAAAGCUUUACCUACCUUAGCCUAAAUUUACCAGUUCCAAUUUCUGUUCAUCGCAAAGAUACAGGGUCUUUCUUUCUAGCUAACUUCAUUCCGGUUCAUAUUAGAAAUGGAGGAGACAUCACACAACAAAUAAGAGAGCACUGACUUCAGGUGUUUUAAAACAAAGACAAACUCAAUACAGGGCUAACAUUUUCCAUAUUCUGUUAGCGUAGCUAGCUUGUGUGUGUUUUAGAGAAUCUGAACUGUGACGUCCAAAGUUCUGUAUCUUCCAUAACAGCCAAAAGUGGAAAGCAAAGCAAAUAUAAAAACUGAGAAACUUCAACAUAUUUUGCGUUUCAUUCAGGAUUCUUGUUUUCUGCUGAAAGUUUUGCUCUCGAAUUGACAUUUUUGAAUUUCCAACAAGACUGGCUUGUGUGUGUAGGAUGACAAUUGGGCAAUUUCAGUCAUUUUCUCCUCAUCUGUAGUUUAAGUGAACAAAUAACUCUGCAGACGAUCAUAAGUUGUAAAAAAAAAAAACUCAUCAAAGAGAUAAAACUUUAACGUUUUGUUAUAAGCUUUCUGCUCUGCAGCUUUCUUGAGGUAAAUUCGUCUCAUGUGAAAAAAAUCAGAAUAAUCUCCAUUUUUUGAGUUAAACUGAUUGAAUGUCUCCAUUUUGCACUAUGUGAAGUGUCCGUGUCUUGUGAAGCCCACUGCACAUCCAAAAUAAAGAUGUGGCCCUCAUGAAUGUGUCGCCGUGGAGCUUUUCCUCCGUCCUCGGUGUGAGCGAACGAACGUUCGUUCGCCCCGUUCGCGUUCUGCUUCCUCAGCUCCGCUCGCUCUCAGCGCUUUCGCAGUUUACUCAAAGUUAAAAAAACAACAACAAAAAACAUAAAGACUAGACAAUGUAUUUGACUGAAUGAACCCACGUGGAAGGGGAGCGGGGUUUGAAUGUGUGUGUUCAAGUCUUUGCAGGAGUUUUGUUUUGGGGACAGAGAGUCUCUGUGCUCUGUGGGUGGCGCUGUUUCUCAGUGGGGGGUCUUGUUUCUUUAAGGUAAAGAACACACAUUUAAAAACUAGAAUUUCAGGUUGCUGGUUGAGAACCCAACCACACGGCGUCGGGUCCCCGGUUUUGAUCACACUUCAACAUCACUGAACAGAGUACUUUAGGCCGAGUUUAUCUGUGUCCUUUUAAAUGAGACAAAACUUACUUACAAGUAAAUUUUCAACAUAGAAUUCUGUUUCAAGUCAUUGGUUAAUAUUGAUGAAAAAGUGUGAGUAAAAUAAUAACUAGUACUUUUUCAACAAUAUCAAGGUAAUAUUGACUUGUAAUUAUUCUUAUGUCUUGCUUUUUUUGUCUUAUUUCAAGUGUACCAAGAUAUUCGUACUACAAACUACAUCAAAAAUACUUCAGUCUCUGUAACAAAUAAAUUAAAAAGAUGCUCUUUUCUUGGUCACGACAUUUUUGGUGAAUUUGACAUUGUGAAGCUCUGCUGGGAUGAAAUCUUUCUUGUGUAACUAAACUGACCCGGUUGGACUCGGCGUAGUGUGUGUGGAUCCUUUUCUUUUUCUCUUCGUUGUUGCUUCCGGUCGUGAACCUGAGACACCAGUCUGCUGUUCCUCACUGUUUUGUCGCUUUUGUUUUUGUGGGGUUUUUCUUAUUAUCAGCUCCAGGAUGUUCCCAGCUUGUCGAGUUCUUAAAACCUCUGGGACGGCCGAGCGAACUGAGUUAAUAAUGACGCAGCAUUAAAAGGGUGAAGCGUUGCUUUAAUUUCUUAGUAAAAGCCACCUUGGUUUGCCCCUAGAAUGAUGCGCCCUGUCCUUACCAGCGGACCAUCCCACACCCACCCAGGUCACCACACUGCAAAAACUCUAAAUCUUAGUCUUUUUUUUUUGUUGUUUGUUUGUUUCUAUUGCAAAUAUCUCAGUACAAUUGAAAUAAGACAAAACGAACUCACAAGUAACUUUUCAGCAAGACAUAGGAGCUUGUUUUAAGUCAAUAAAUCCUUAAAAUUGAUGAAAACACUAGUUCCGCUGGCAGAUCAUCUCACAUGUAACUUGGUGUGAGGAACGUCUUUUUAUAAGUGAAAUAAUCUGCCACUAAAACUGAUACUUUUUAAAAUCGACGUUCAAGAGCUAUUGACUUGAAACGAGCUGCUGCGUUUUGCCGAAAAGUUACUUCUAAGUUAUUUCAAAUGAACUUUCCAACGCUCUAGAAACCAAACCCAAACCUCCUGGUGGGAUUUAGAGUUUUUGCAGUGCAGGUCUCUCUGACACGCUGGCACUAUGGGUCUCUAUAGCCUGGUUAUCUACUACUGAAUCCUCCAUUCUGUACAGGCGAGAAGAAUACGAUCGCAUGGAACCUUGUUACUGUAACAAUAACCUAUACAGUAUGUAAUAUUUAAAUUUUCUGUUCUUACAUCAUAUGUACCGCAGACAGACUUGCAAGGAAAUAAUUUUUUUUGGUUUCGUUUGUUUUUUUACGUCUCCGUUGAGCACAUGGCUAAGGAUCUGUUUUUUUUUUUUGUUGUUUUUUUUUUGUGUGUGUCCAAUACAAGGUCAUUUCCUCACUGUUUUUGUUUGGUCUUUACACUUACUGUCUUUUUUUCCCCCUUAUUAUUUUUUUGUCUUUACUGUAGAGAGAAAAAAAAAACAAGGAUAUGAAAUUAAGAUAGAGAAGAAUAGUGCUUAUGUUUGUUAGUGGCAAUAACGUGGAUCAUUUCAGCGAGGGCUGUCUGGUGUGGGAACGCUCCGCCGCUGCUCGGUGUGUCUGGUUCACGCCGAGCAGCGGCGAAGUCCUGAUGUUUUAUGACUGUACGUUGUUGGUGAGGAGCCGGGCUCUGGAGAACCGCCGCACUCUUUGUACGCACCUCGCCGUGCGGCACUUCCGCUUUAAGGCCCGACCUUCGGUCUGAGAACCGGAAAAGGCGUCGAGAACAAUCCGGCUGAGUCCCGAUUUUUCCGAUUGGACCGUCGAGGCGUCUCCAGAGCCCGAGUUUCACCUCUGAGAAAUUGGGGGGGGGGGAAAAAAAAAAAAGGAUUCUCUGUGUUGCCUUGUUAAUAUUAAUUGUGGACACAUAAUUUUAUAAACAACAGAGAUGUGGAAAUAAAGAUUAUUUAUCUUGUUAUUUA